GGGUUGUUCCAUCACACCACCAGGAAACGCGAUUGAAUUGUAUUUCAUGGAACUCUUCUAAAAGUCGACUUGAGCACCUUUGGACCACAUUUUAGGUCAAGAAUGUUGGACAGAAGAGCAACACGUACGUCGUGAAACGAGGAGGAUGGAAUGAGGUCGGAGACUUUGGCCGACGAAUUGAAGUACGGACCAAGUCAUUGCAACAUGUGCCUCUCGGCUAAAGGGGGGAACGAGACGAGGACAAUCCAGAACAAUUGACAUUAGAUGUGGUUACACCAGUCAAACUCGCUUCUUUUUCCAAUCUACCCUUUCUACUUAAUUUUCCUCUGCUCACUAUGUUCACAGAUAUGGAGGAUAUUACACGACUUUAUGCCAGGCUGCGUCGAAAUGACGAGGUUGUCACCGCAUUCCUGCCCAUUCCACUCUAGUCGAACACGAUCGCGGCCUUGAUGGCACUCUUGUUCUUCAUUGCCUCAAGGCACUCUGCCCAUUGUUCCAACUUGAAGGUCUUGUUGACAAUACCCUUGACCUUGACCUUGCCGGAAUCUACCAGAACAGUUGUCAGUCAACAAGUCCACCGAAAAGAGAAGGGGGAAGUGGAGAAUACAUACCAAGGUAGUCAAUGGCGGCGGGGAACUUGUAUGUCUCGCUGAAAGACCCGAGGAUGGUGAUCUCGUCACCGAAGAUCUUGGAAGGAGGCCAUGUGACGCGGUCCUUGCUGCCAUAGACACCGUACACGACGAGCUUGCCGCCUCUUCGGACGUAGUUGAUCGAGUCCUCGAGAAUCUUGACGCUACCGGUGGCCUCGACGACAAUGUCGAAUCCGUAGGGGUUCUCGGCCUUGAGCUUCUCGAAUUGUGCGCUGGGGUCCUUGCGCGAGAGGGCGACGUAUUCGUCGGCGGCAUCAAGAGACUUGGCCAGGUCCAUCUUGAGACCCUCGGGAGCGGCAAUGACGACGUGGCAACCACCGUUUUGUCGCAGCAUCUGGGUCAGGACGAGACCCGUGGGCCCCGCACCGAACAUGAGCACGCUGGAGCCCAUCUUGGGUGAGAUCUUGUCCAGACCGUGGGCGGCGCAGGAGGCCGGCUCCAGGAGGGUGGCAUCGACAUCGGUGAGGUUCUUGAUGUUGAAGACCCUCUUCGCCGGGUAGGCACAGUACUCGGCAAAGCCACCGUCCAUGGUGACACCGUGGGCCUGGAAGUCUUCACAGAGGAGCUCCUCACCACGACGGCAGUAGAAGCAUUCUCCGCAGAGCUCGGAGUUGUCAGCCACCACUCGGUCGCCGACCUUGAAACCCUUGACCUUGGGUCCAAGACCGGCGACGACACCCACGGUUUCGUGGCCCGGGAUCAAGGGGAACUAUUACGGUGGUGUCAGCACGAUGGGCUCCGACAUGAGGUCGGGUCUUUUUUGUUCAUCGUACCUUGGCCAAGAAUUCACCCUCAUGGAUGUGAAGGUCAGUACCACAGACACCGCAGGCCUUGACCUUGAUCUUUUGUUGUCCGUCAGCCAGCUCUUCCUUUUUGUUUUGCGGUCUACACAUACCAGGACAUCGUGCUCACGGAGCUUUGGGAGAGGAACCUCGACGACGCUGAAUUUCUCCGGCUGGUCGUACUCUGUUUUGAUGUGGUUAGUUCACACACUGCGAACAACAACAGCUUCAUUCGAGGGGUGGUCAUACUCAACGCCUUCAUCUUGGUGGGGAGAUCUGCAGAACCCAUGUUGACGGUUGAGAAUCUGGACUAGGUAUUUAGUAUGGGUAAGAAGCAAAGAUAUGAGAUGUUCGAGUAUAUAUGGGUAGGAUCGAGAGUAGUAGAUGUUGGAAUCUGUUCUCAAGAAGAAAAUAAAUACAACACCGAGGGGCAAUAUUUGCGGCCAGCUGGUGCUUUUGGCUUUUCUGGCGUGGGCGUAAACGAUGAUGCAGCUGUUGCGGGGCACACCAACAAAGCGGAUUGUUUUUUGGGUCGUGUUGGGGCCCAGACACAGAACGACUUUCUCUAUUACGGAGUUACUUGGUUUGCUCCAGUACAACUAAUAAACCACCUAUUGUAGGUACCUUAUGUACGGAGCCCCCCAAGGAGUGAGAGAGAGAGUGAGCCACAGAUCGAUCCCCGGGGGGGUCAAACUUUGCGCGGUACCAACUGUUACUAAGUACGUGCUUCCCUCCGUCCCCGUCAACCUCAUCACAUUAUUAUUGCAUCGCCGCUACUCAGUGAUUCUCGCAGCAUCGAAGCUCCCGAAAUAUCAUCGUGAGAUCACCAUUUCGGUAUCUCUGACCGAGGAUAUCAUGACCCUUAGUUGUCGUUUCACUCGCUCGAUCUGUACGAUCUGUACGGCGUCCGUUAUCUCUCUCACGCUGUCCAACCAACAGACUUUUGCCCAGCACUUCUUUUAUAGUCCCUCCGCGAGCAGCUGGGUAGGCGACUGACUAACUAAACUUGAUGCAGGUCUAUCUUCCCUUGAUGCGGCUUUCAUGCGCCUUCACGGAGGAGCCACAGGGGGACCACCCAUUCAACUACCGUACCCGUCACAGUAGUUGUCGUCUACUGAGUAUUCCGUAUGCAGUAUCAAAAUGUCGGUGAGGCUCCUUCAAAGUAUGGAGUAGCUAGCUGGCAAACCUCGAUCGACCAUGGCGCACAAAAUAUUUUGUUUUUCUUCGGCCACGAUGUUCGACUUGAUACCGUCAUUCGUUCGCCGUCCCACUGCGAGUACCUUUUAGUCGUUGUGAUUGAAAACGAAUUGUCUCAUGUCUUGCACUUGUACGGAGGACGUGGCACACCUCAUGUGUGAGACAUGGACGGAGUACUUGUACAGUAAAGCUCUCCGCCAAAAUUUUUGUGGGUUUGCCAAAGGCUUUUGGAAAAACCCGUUGAAACAAUGACG